AUGACCCGUGCGCUCCGGCCCUGGGCGCCCGCGGCGGUGCUGGUCCUGGGACACCUCCUGGGAGCCGGGGUCGCGUUCGAAUACCAGAUCGUCAACUUUAAUUACGAAACCGUGCAGGUGACGUGGGACGCAAACCAGCCCUCGGGGACGAACCUGACUUUUCUCUACAGAUUUAAACAUAAGAACGACAGUGAAUGCUCCAACUACAUCCUCCAACGCGGUCGCCGGGCUGGGUGUGUCCUGGAGGCCGAGGGCGACACCAUUCUCUACUUUUCCAUCUGGAAUGGGACCCAGCGGCUCGUGUCCUGGAGCCAGUGGAUCAGCUCUUACUUGAAACCCAACGCGCCGAAGGGUCUGCGUGUCCUGUGGCGUCAGGAUGCCGUGACGGUGGCGUGUCCCGACCUGCCCUUCCGGGGACUCCAGUACGAGAUUCAGUACAAGAGCAGCUUGGACAGAGAGUGGCAGUCCCAGAAAGAAAAGACCUGUAAUGUGACCAUCCAGGGCUUGGAUGCUGACAAAUGCUACUCCUUUCGAGCCAGAGCGACCACCAUAGAGCUCAUCUACAGCUCCACAAGCUACCCUAGCGACUGGUCGGAGGUGACCCACCAGCAGAGGGGGCAGCCACGAGACUCGUGCCAGGAGGAACGGGCUUUCUCCAAAUUCGUGCCGAUUUACUGCCUGGCCGCCUUCCUGACCCUGCUCCUCCUCCUCCUGUGUGUGUGGAAGCUACAGAGAGUGAAACGGCUACUGAUGCCCCGUGUUCCGGACCCCAAGGCCACGUUCCCCGGGCUGUUCGAGUCCCACCACGGGAAUUUCCAGGAGUGGAUUAAGGACACGCAGAACCUCACGCACUUGCAGAAGGUGGACGACCGGGACCCGGAGGACGUCCUGAUCGAGGGCUUGGAGGUCCAGCUCGCCAAGGUCGAGGCCGAGCCUCCUGGGACCGAGACGAUGACGGGACCCCCGUGCCUGCAGACGGCGGAGACGGAAUCCGCGGGGGCGCCCGGCCGGGCCCCGGGCCGGCCCCCCCAAGGAGACGAGGUGCUUGCUCUCGGCGGCUUCAGGUUUACGAUGAGUGACAACUCUUACGUGACGCUCUGAGGGGGUGCGAAUUAAAGGCCGGCGUCUCGUCUGUGUUGAGAAUGAAAGACUCGGGGGGAACUCCUUGGCGACGCGGCGCUCACCCCC